AGCAACAUUUUAGUCAAAAUGGCGUCCAAACACAGCAGACAAUCUAAGGAGCAAACUAUUACUAACUUAUCCAAAAUCACAAAGUUAUCAAAAGAUGAAGUAAACCAUUUGAUGGAAAGAUUUAAUGAUCUGUGUAAAAAAGAAGAAGGAAAACUUAACCGAGUUGAGUUUCGUGAUGAACUGAACAGAUUUUUUAACAUUACUGAUGAUAUUUUAAUGGAUAGAGUUUUCAGAGCAUUUGAUCAGAAAUCAUGUGGUACACUAAGACAAGAGGACUAUGUAGUAGGCAUUGCUAAAUUUUUGAAUGGUACUCUUGAUGAUCAUAUUCAGUUGUGUUUUGAUGUGUAUGAUUUGAACAAUGAUGGUUACAUAGUAAGAGAAGAAAUGUUCCAACUUUUAAAGUCUUGUCUUGUGAAGGCUCCCACUGAAGAAGACCCAGAUGAACUUGUCAAAGAAUUGGUUGAAAUUGUCAUGAAAAAAUUGGACUGUGACCAUGAUGGGAGAGUCUCACUCUCAGACUUUAAAGCAGCUGUUGCAGAAGAUAAACUUAUGUUAGAAGCUCUAGGAAAAUGUUUACCUGAUGAAAAGUGUAAAAUCACCUUUCAUGAGAUGAUCAAAAUGUUUGGAGGUGGGAGGUACAAUGCUGCAGGCUCAGUGACCAUGAGUGACAAGAACAGGAGCAGAAGUAAAGGAAACCAACUGGCCUAAAUCUGACCAGUCAUGUGACAUCCAGGUCCUAACAUGCCAGUUUGAACUGUGGAAACUAAAAUAUUGGAUGUGUUUUUGUACAUUUUUUGUUAGCACAGAUGGAUGAUAUUUUUGUUUAUGUAUAUAAAGGAGCUGUUUUAAAAAACAAGUGUUUGUUUUUUGUGAAGGUGAAUCUGUUAU